UUUGAAAUGUACGAGGAUCAAUGAACGCAACAUAAUUUCCUGUACAGAGGAUAUAUCGUCGGCUCGAGCCAAAGCCAGUUAAAUGUAUUUCACGUUCAGGUAUUUGCUUGACACUCGGUUAGAAAGUUGUUUCCUGCGCUAUGGCGGAGUAACAGGCUUUUCAGACAUGUUUGGGGAAUAUCUGGACGCGGCUCGACGACUUGGAAAUCCUGCGGGCUCUACGAGCGAGUGAGAGACAUGGACAACUCUGUCACCCUGUGGCAGUUCCUACUCCAGCUCCUAUUGGAUUCCAGUAAUGACCAACUCAUCUGCUGGACCAAUGAGGAAGGGGAGUUCAAGCUGCGGCAGGCGGAGGAGGUUGCCCGGCUGUGGGGUGCUCGAAAAAACAAGCCCAACAUGAACUAUGACAAACUGAGCAGGGCCCUCAGAUACUACUACGACAAGAACAUCAUAAAGAAGGUGAAUGGUCAGAAGUUUGUCUAUCGCUUUGUGUCCUAUCCUGAAAUCCUGAAAGGAGAUGUGGCUACCCGAACAGAUGGUGGGGAUGUGGGUGGUGGGGGCAUUCCACCCUUAACAAGAAGGGACAGCAUCCUACAGGAGGGUGAGUCUGGUGAUGGAGGCAAGGAAGGAGGUAGCACAGGGGCUCUGGGCUCAAGCACCAAGCAGUCAAACCGUAACGACUACAUCCACUCAGGCCUGUACACGUCCUUCACACUCAACUCGCUACAAAAUGGACGCCAGCUCUUCAAGUCCAUCAAAAUGGAGAACCCAGCAGAGAAGAUGGCAGACAAGAGGGGUCUCACUGCCACAGCCCAGAGCCAGCCACAACAGCCAACUGCUUUGCCGUCUGUCAUCAAGUUUGGAAACACCCCUUCGAAACCAGCACUAGCAUUGCCUCCUCAGGUUGCCAUAGAGCCAACCAUUGUGUCCAACCACUUCAAUCCUCUGCAAGCUCCGCCCCGGAAGUUUGAAGAAAUCAGCACACACUCCUCCCUGCCCCACCAUUCUGUCUUCUUAUUUGAACACAUCCGCCCAUCAGAAUCAACGUUCAGCUUAUCAGAACUGACGUCAGCCAGCCCAUCCCCAAGCUUAGUGCCUGACUCCUCUCAGGAACUGGUGAUUGACAGCGACAUCGAGUCUGGAUCAUCUCAGCACAGAAAUGCUAAGGCGGCAGAGCUGAGAGACGCUCAGGCACAGGAGAAGCAGGUGGACAGCGGCACCGCUCUGUCUGGAGAUGAGAUCAGUUUUGUGGAUGCUGAAACCAGUUCAUCCUCAGUGAGCAGCUCUACCACAUUCAGCACUCAGAGUUUAGGAAAGACACGCAAGCCGCCGAAAAUCCUGCAGAUCAGCCCACCUGCUCUGCUGGUCACCACGUCCGACUUCUCCCCCAUGAACCUCUGCAGCCCCUCACUACCUACUGCAUCUCUCACACCAGCAAUGCUACAGACUCCCACACUGUUGCUGACUCCCAGUCCUCUGCUGUCCAACAUCCACUUCUGGAGCACGCUCAGUCCUGUCGCUCCACUCAGCCCAGCCACACGGCGCCAGGGAGGACACCUGUUCCAGUUUCCGUCGGUCCUCACCUCCCAGUUCCAGAUCCCUGUACUCAGCACAGAUGGGACCAACACGCCUGGCCCCAUUUCACCAGACCCUCAAAAGACAUAGAGUUCAACCGCCCAUAGCAUCACCAUGUUUGGACCCAGACAGUCAAACUCUCCCAAACCCACCACUCCAGAGCUCCAUCUCCUGCUCCCACAUCCAGGACACUAAUGUGGGAGCUCCGUCAUGACCUUCCCCCUCACACUGGUGCUUUAAAGUUCACUACAAUCUGCUGUGUGGAGGGAGGAGCUGAGGAGUCCAGGUUUGAUGGAUGAAGGUAACACGUUCAUAGCAUUUAGCAUUUACAGCCUGAGGAUGCCAUACUGCACUCACACACUGACGCCGCUGCUCUGUAAGCACUUACAUAGUAUUUUUGUCUGGCUUUUUGGGAUCCUCAGUCACACCAGUUCAAAGGCGGGAGGAAUUUCCAUGGCAACUGUGUGCAUGUGGAUCGGACCCUCGUCAGCCACAAGCUGCUUCACUCUUGGACACACAAGACCAGUAAAAUUGCAGAUAUCUCAACCUUUCCUUUAGAGCUCCCUUCUUAUCUUGUGCAACAGUUACUGCCACGAAAAAAGCUCUUUGGUUUUUCUGUUAUCGGUUCCCAACCAAUUUUCUCCUCUGCUGACACUCUGCUCCUUUUUGUUGCACUGUCCUUAUACUCAUGUACCUGGCAUGUGAAACUAAAGCUCUUUAAUCUUCAACCUGAACUUCAGUGUCAAGCCUUGCCUUCAGCUGCUCUGCAUUGUUAUAGCCAUAUCCAACAGGACUUUUACCUUGACUGUCUUAUUGUGACGUGUGGCCAUAGUCCAAGCUGAACCUUGAAUCACGCCUCUAUGUAACUGUUCUAGUGUGUGUAUACAGUAGAAUAGCCCUGAAAGCCAGUGUGGCCUGGUCUGCCUCCAGCCAGAAAGCUUUCAAUGACACAAAGUGAAGCCAUAACCCUUUCUGAGCAUCGACUCUGCAAUUAGAAACUCACAAACCCUGUACGUCUUACUGCUCUGAUGUUGCCUUUUUAACUUAACCAUUAAUUGGUAAAGGCAGACAUAAUUCACUUAUCAUGGUAGAGAUGACAGUUUCAAGUUAUGAAAAAAAAAAUACGUAUUGAAAUGGCAAAUUUUCUAAGAAUACAGUAGUUUGACAUGUUGAAGAAUACAGUUGAGAGUUAAAUGAGAGGAUUGAUUCACAGCUAUCAUGUUUGACCAGGAAACAUGUAGCUUCCUUAACUUAGCCUAGCACAAAAGCUGGAAAUAGGUAAAUGACUAGUUUAGCUUAGUCUGAGAGUAACAAAACCUCUUCAGCUCACCAAUAAACACUAUUAUUUGUGUGUUUUAAUACAAAAAUGUAAAAACACCACUUUUUAUUGGGAGGCAAAGGGACGGUGACUGUCCCGGAUGUUGCCUGGCAGCUACAAAUCCUAAUAUUUACAAAAUCCCAAUUGAAAAAAACAACAUGCUGUCUCCAGCUAUAUAGCUACUUACAGUAUAGACAGACAUGAGAGAGAGGUUUCGACCUUCUUAUCUAAUUUGUGGUAAAGCAUGCUCAGUGUAUUUUACCUACAUGUCUAUUCUGGAAGUGACAGCAGAAAAAAUUGUUCCUCGUGAAUCAAAAUCACAGCAGACCUUUGAACCUUGUUCAUUAUCCACAGGUCAGUUUCCUUUAUUCUUUUAAAUUAACGAGCUUUGACGUUUUAUUGCUUGCAGUUUCAGUGCAGCUACUGAAACCCAGACUGAACCUCCUCAUCUUAGUAGCUGGACUCUUUCACUUUAGCGACUCUGAAAUACAUUGACCUUUAAUCACGAGGAUGUAGAAAUGUUAUAGAACUUUCAAGCACCUUCCUGUCCCCUAAAUCUUUCUCGUCGAGAUGAUCAGCCAUGAAAGGUCUGCACCUGUUUUCUACACGACUUUGAAGCCAUAACUCUGAGACACAGACUCACGAGGUAGAUCCCAACUUUCUAUGCUAUUAAACAUGGAUAUUGUACAUUACGCUUGUUUACACGAAACAUGUAACACACGAGUGAGUGUGUUUACCCAAGUGUCACUUUCUAACCCAGGGAUGGAUGACCAAUGAAUCUUUUGGGGGGGGACUUUGCUCACUUUUACUUAACCUACAGACAUUAUCCUCCCCCCAACCUGCCGUCCAUCAAUGAUACAUGGUGCCUUACCACAGCCAAGCUCAAGUUUCCCUCCCCAAAGUGGACAGAGUACAGAUUUAAAGGUAAACGACAGCGCUCCUGUUUGUUUUUAUGCCAUAUCUUUGAGUAUACCAAACCAGAGGCCAGAGGAAGUUUGAAAUAAAACUUCACGGGGAUGUUGAGUCUGGUGAGUUCACCGCUACAUUGCGUGUGCUGCAAUGUUUUAAGGUUGCCUCACUCGACAUACAGACGGCAGCGUGGGUUAAUAUGCACAGCACGUAAAACUGAACCUGGCCAAAUUUUAAGAGUUGGCAACCAUGUCUCUAUCCAACCUGCUUCUGAAUCUUUGUGAUAACAGAUCUACUCAGAAAAUAUAUAAAUAUAUAUAUAUAGGGUAAAAACCUAUAUCAUUUUUGUGUAAUCUUUUAUUUUCCUGUAACACCAAUAGAAUUUUAAGAUUAAUUUCUAUUUUUGUAAUGGCCAGAUAGGUAGAAGUCUGCUAUUUUGGUGUCUCUGAUUUAAUGUUCUCUCUGUGCAUGUGUUUUUCAAUAUGUUGUUAUCCUCUUGUGGAGGUGGGCAGCCGUGGCCCCGUGGUGGUGUUGGCUAUUUUUUUUUUUAUUAAAGGAAAUCAAAGCCUUAUGGGGAGAAAUCUAAAUCCAUGUUUUUAUAUGUGAUGUGUUUUGAUAUAGUGUUGAUAUUGUACAUGCAGAUGUUGUGAUGAAACGUUUGCACUUAAAAAUGUGGGGGUUCCUGUAGUAUUGGAUUCUGUGGCUUUUCUAUGACUCAGAUUUAAUGACAUGUUGUUGACGUUUGCUUAUUGAGAAAUGUAUAUUUUCCCGAAGGGAGGAUACAGUUAUGCACUUAGUAUUUUAUACCACAAAACAAGAGUUCAAUCAAAUAUUCUACAGCACAUAUCAUGUAGUUUACUUCACCUUCAUUGUAAUUUGGCAGUACAAUAUUUAUUUAUUUGAAUUUACAUUUGAGCCCGAUAGAUUUGGUCGCUUAUAUUGCAGGGUUAGGGUUAGGGUUAGAGUAACCCUAACCCUAACCCUGCAACCCUACUAUAAAAUAGAGGGAAAAUAACCCAUGAAGCCCAUUUAAAAGUUUCCCCCAUCAAGACGUGUCAUGAGCAUAUUUGUUUGUUUGUAUUUUCUGAUGAUAUUUUUCCUUCAGCUUAUCUUGAAUUGUAAAAUCUUGUUUUAAAAAAAAGAAAUGACAUUGUUCUCGCUUUGUUUUGUCCAGUUAUCUAUUUGUUUGAAGCUUUUUUCAAAUGUUUACAAGCUACUUGUCUUAAGUGGCGUAUUGAUGUGUGACAGGUUAAGAGGAAGUGUUUAUAAUGGAAGAGAUAAGUGAGACCAGUAAUAAAAGAUCUCAAACUGA